CGAACACCUCUUGUUUUUCCCAGAAAUUCGGUUACGUGUUUUUACACCAUUUACUUAUUUAUUUCGAAUUUAUUUCGAUUACAAAUACGAGGCAUUGCCGGUCAUUUAGAUUCAUUUCUUCAUCUCAACUACAGUUUUGUGUUUUUUUUUCUGUGUUUUAAGGAGGGAGAAAUGAAGCCGGACGACUUGAUUCAGGUUGAACGGAGAUCCGUGGAGACGAUGUCGGAGACUUCGGAGGGUACGACGACUACGAGCCUCUCUGGACAUCAUGGCUUUGAGAGCAGAGAGGAACUUCUCGAGCUCGUGGAGACCCUGAGACUCAGCAGUCUUGAUGAACUUCAUCGGGAACGCUUUCGGGUCGAUCGCCGCAAACUUGAACAAAUGCUACUCGGUGAUGACGAGACACCGGAGUCUGCAACUAUUUUUUUUCGCAAGAUUAUGGACGAGACCAACACCUUCAUUACGUGGCCAUCCAGGUUGAAGAUUGGAGCUAAAUCUAAGAAAGAUCCACACAUAAAGGUCGCCGGUCGUGUAGAUGACGUGGGUGCUGCUAAGGAGAAGAUUAUGCAAAUAUUAGACACAAGGCAGAGCAUGCGGGUGACGAUGAAAUUAGACGUGAGCUACACAGAUCACUCGCACAUAAUCGGAAAGGGAGGUUUAACGAUAAAACGAGUGAUGGAAGAGACAGCGUGUCACAUUCAUUUUCCUGAUAGCAAUCGGAGCAAUCACCAGGAGAAGAGCAAUCAGGUGUCCAUUGCUGGUGAAAUGGAGGGUGUGGAAAAGGCUCGGGCACGUGUCAGGAAUUUAACUCCUCUGAUCUUCUCAUUCGAACUACCGAUCAUGGGUGCUGUUCAUGGUCAUCCGGAUCCCACGUCUCCCUACAUCGUGAAGAUCCAGGAGAAGUACAACGUCCAGGUGAUGUUCCGAACAAGACCAAAGCUCCAUGCAACCCUCGUUGUCGUCAAGGGCUGCGAGUGGGAAGUACUCCAGGUCAAAGAGGCCACAGUCUUCCUCAUCCAUCACAUGUGCAAAAAUCUUGCGAACCAGAUCCAAGUCCAGAUGUCGAUGGAGAUCUCUCCCCAACAUCACAGCAUAGUUCUGGGAAAGCAGAGCAGCAACUUGAAGAUGAUAAUGCAGCGUACAUCAACUCAAAUAAUUUUUCCAGACGCUGGUGAUCCCAACAUUCCAAGCCUGAAGAAGAGCAACGUAAUAAUAACAGGAGCAAUAAACAACGUGUACAUGGCACGCCAGCAGCUACUGGGUUCUCUCCCCCUGGUGUUGAUGUUCGAUUUGCCAGAGAGCUCACGACAAUCAGUGGAUACAGAAACAAUUUCCCAACUGAUGCAGAGCCUCGAUGUUUUCAUAAAUGUCCUGCACAAGCCAAAGCAGAGCAGCCUAUCAGUGAUAAUAAAAGGAGUUGAGCGUAAUGCCAGUAACAUCUACGAGGCAAGAAGACAACUGCUGUCCCUGGAUGAUCCAAAAAUAAUCGCUGAUAUACCAGCAACUUACAACGUACCCAACUCACAAAAUGUUUUCCAGAAUUCUCUAAACGGAAAUAUCUCCGACAAAUUCACCAAUUUUCUCACUAUCAACACCCAGUCUCCAUCACCCUACUGCGUAUCUCCCCUUUCUCAUUCACCAAAUCCAAUGAAUUUGUCACCCCACUGGGGUCUACCCCCCAUACCCUCGAUGUUUUCACCACUGAUGCAUCAUCCAUUUGCAUUUCCAAAUGCAAAUGCCCAAUUGCUAGCAGCACGUCACGCCAUGCAGGCGAAUAUUCUGAGCCAGCAGCAGGCGCAGAUGAAUAUACCUGGUCAAAAUCUCCUGGGUAUUCCCCAGAAUCAUCCUCCUGGUUUCCACCCCAACUCACACUUCAGUAACUGCGGUAUCACCAAUUCCAAAGGUGGAAGUGAUGGAAAAGACUCGAGUGCUUAUUUAUCUCUGAGCAGUGCGUCUAGUACAUUGUCAAGUCCAGCUGUCAGUCCCAGGAAUAUAUCACCAAUUGGUUCAUCUCAUACUGAUGUCAAUCAGACAAGAGAGCUGUCUGCAAUGCUUACUGAUUUGUCAAUGGAGAAGGGAUUUCAUUCGUCUGGGCAUCUCACUGGUUUUGAUUACGAGCAGAAAAAAAUAAUGGCGAUGAAGGCGAUGAAGGUGAAACCUAAUGCCAAGGAGCUGAGAGUUCCAACACCAACGUGGGCUGGUUAUGGACUCAGUCAGACAAUGCCAUCGCUAAGUCCCAGUGAUAAUCAGAAGAGGGAUCCAUCUGAUCUGUGGGAUGAUCCCAGCACACCUCUCGUUUACACACCCUCCAUGAGGUUCGAGGGUGAAGCUGAUGCUGAGUGUCCAACACCCAUUGCCAUGACAUCUGGAUAUCUUGAUCACACACCCAGAAGCAGACUUGAUAAAAUUCUCAAUGGCAGUCUCAAUGAUUUGGCAAGCUCCAUGAUCAAUGCUGGACUCGACAAGAAGUGGAUUGAUAUGCUAUCGUCACAUGAAAUCGAUAUGUCGACUUUUGUGUCGUUGACUGAAGAGGAUUUGAUGGAUAUUGGAGUCACUGCUUGGGGGGCUAGACGCAAGAUGAUGCUUCUCAUUGCUGAAUUAAAGAAACGUACAAAGCCAUUUUCUGGAAGUGCAGCACCAGGAGCUGAGCGUAGGGCAUCCUUGACGAUUCCCUCCACGACGAAUGGCAACAGCGUAGAAGGAAAAUGGUAGAGGAAAAGACUUCACUAUCAAAUAAGUUGAAUCAUCAAUUUAAAAUGGAGUAAUGGAGAGACAUCAGUCGAGGGAGUAUUUUUUGGGAAAAUUUUCAAUAACAUUGCAUGCUUUAUUUAUUGAGAGCCCAGGGGAAAGCCAAGUUGCUACAUUAUUUGUUUUUUUUUUAAAUCUUUUUUUUUUCUCUUCACUAUUCCUUUGCUGUCAACUCCCUCGUGCUAUCGAGCGUUGAUGUCUCCAUUUUUUUCAUUAAAUAAUAGCGCUAAAUUGUUGUGAACGAGGUCGCUGCAUCCCUCAGGGAUUCGUUACACACGUCGUUGCUGGCAAUAACGUCAACGAAUUUGAAAGUUCAAUCUGCAAAAAGUAAAUCGUAACGAAACUGUGGAAAUUUAUAAUCUGUCUGUGAUGAUACGAUCAUAGUGUUAGGCACUCUAAAGACUUAAUUAAAAAUGAAAGGGAAAAAUUUAUUGAAAAAGUGGAAAAGGGAAAAAAAAAUGGGAUAGGGUGUCAUUGGUCUGGAUUAAUGCAUGCAGCGGCUUCUCAUAUUUAUUGAGAAUAAAAGAAAGUGGAUUUUGAGACUAAGCUCGAAGAUCAACUGCGAGAAUCGUUGAAUCAAUGAUAAUGGCUGUUUUCGAGUUUUAUAGAUACAGAUAACGAUAUACUAUUUAUUAUUAAUAAGGGGGACGCUGGAUGCACGUCCUGGGGCGAUGAAAUUCUAUUUAAUAGCCGAUUUAUGCAAUUGUUUUUUUCUUUUUUCAUGAAAAAUGCGCGGUCACCACUAGAUUGUGAGGUAAAAUGGAACUGAAAAUUGUUGGGGGUAAUUAUUCAUUGAUAUAAAUUAAUUUCUACUUUGCUAUUUGUUUUUUAUUCACGGAAUUGGGAAAAAUUUGAGGAUUGGUUCCAUUUCAUCCCACGUAGGACUCGUUUUAACCAGUGGUGGGGGAUAAUUCUCUGGAUGAAUUAUAAAUAUAUAAAUAUUAUGUGAAAAUUAAUUGGAAACCGAAACGGUACGAUUUUACAAGAAUAAGGUACAUGCGAACAGUGAAAUAUCGCCAUAACUUAUUAUUUCAAUUCAGUUUUUUUUUUUUCUUUGAGAAUAUUAUGCGUUAGGUAACGAGCUCUGCUCACUUACGCCUUUAUGGGAGCAACUCGCCUUGAGCCAAAUCGAUUUCUCACACGAUACUUAUUACUUCUGGUUUGUUGAACUUUUUUUUUUUUAUUUUAUUUCUUUUUUUCUUUCGAGAUUAUCGGUUCGACUCAUUGGGAGGUGUCCGAUUACCUAGCGAACGAUUCUGUUUUACCCCGAAUUAAAUCGUUGACCCAUUAAUAGUAACAAAUACGAGGAUUUUUAACUUACAAAGUACAUAAAUUAUUUUUCAGUGUUUAUUAUUUUUUUUUUUCGGUGAGAGAUUGCACAGGAAUUGGUGGGGGAGUGGCUGAAUGUAAUGGAAAUUUUAAUUCACGAAUUUUCAGUCAAUUACCGGUGGAAAUGUCAGAAAAAGGGUUUUACAAAUUUUUUCACUUUAUAAGAAUUGAAUGGAACGAGUUCAAGGUGAUUUGAAAAUCGCAGGUCAGUUGAAUAUGUUUUUAAAAAUUCGAGGUGGUGAAAAACGGCGGCGCACAGACUCUCGAAGAUGGCGGCGCUCCACCUCGUAUUUUUAAACAAUUAUUAAAUUAACUUGAGGGCUUCAAAUGGCUCUGGACUAGUUUCAUCCUCUCCUGGGGAAGUGAACAAAUUUUUUAAGUCCUCUCACCGGUAUUUUAAUCACCCAUUUGGCGGAGAAUUCCUGGAUCAAAGUUCUCAUAAAAAAAAAAUCAAUGGGAAAAAAAAUUACGUUCUGCCGCUUCUCAACCGAACUAGAGUGGGCCCUGGCGAAAAGCAGUAAAAAAUCUGUCGAAUGAGAGUUUAAACGAUUGAACGAUAGAAGGAAUUCACAUGAAACCUAAAUGAUAAAUCCAAUUGUGUUCGUGUAAUAUCGUCCGUUGUUUCGAUCCCUUUGGUGUCUUGAAUAAUUUCGGUCAAUAAAUUCCACUGUCUGUCCGAAUAAACUGAGACUCACUUGCGCUCGUACUCAUUGAAAUCAGUCGAAACACUUUUUUUUUUCCAUUUUUUUUCACACAUUUUUUUUUUGCAUGACUUGAAAUUAAUUAACGAGGUUCGAGGUACAGCGCAAUUGAGUGGGCGAGAGAAAUGUAAUUCAGGUCUGAAGAUUAAUGAUAAUGUUGAUAAUUCUGCAUGAAGAUAAACAAAAAUUUCACCGAUGUUCAUACAAAUGGAAUAAUUAAUCUAGUGAUUAAUGAAGGGCAAACGAAAAUAUGAGAGAAAAUGUGAAGAUUGGUGAGGAUAUGCCUCGGUGGGGGGUUGAAAGGGGCGAGCGAGGGGAUGUUAAAUAAUGUAAAUGUUAAUUCCCACAUGACAUAUCUCACGAUGUUAAAUAAUUGUUUUAAAUAAUUUAGAAUUGAUCCACCGUACAUUCACCGUCAAUUCUACAUUGUUCUUCCAUCCAGUAGCGAUUGUAUUUAAUGUAUGCCACUGUGGACUCGAAGGUUCGAAGAAAUCCUUUGGAACUGAGAAAAGUCAACUGACUCCGUCGCUGCGUUUUUUAUAAUUAAGUGUUAUUUUAAAAUAUCGUGAGAUUGAAAAAGUGAAAAUUGUUGG